AUGUGUGUCCAUCUUGUCUUCAAUAUUCCCUUCAAUGUGUCCAUCUCGUCUUCCAUAUUUCUUUCACUGUUCACCCGUCUUGUCUUCAAUAUUUCCUUCGAUGUGUGUCCUUUCUUGUUCCUCAAUAUUUCCUUCAAUGUGUCCAUCUCUGUCUUCCAUUUUUCUUUCACUGUCUACCGUCUUGUCUUCAAUAUUUCCUUCGAUGUGUGUCCAUCUUGUCUUAAUAUUCCUUCAAUGUGUCCAUCUCGUCUUCCAUAUUUUCUUUCUUCACUGUCUACCUGUCUUGUCUUCAAUAUUUCCUUCGAUGUGUGUCCAUCUUUGUCUUCAAUAUUCCCCUUCAAUGUGUGUCCAUCUCGUCUUCCAUAUUUUCUUUCACUGUCUACCGUCUUGUCUUCAAUAUUUCCCUUCGAUGUGUGUCCAUCUUUUGUCUUCAAUAUUCCCUUCAAUGUGUGUCCAUCUCUGUCUUCCAUAUUUCUUUCCUGUCUACCCGUCUUGUCUUAA